AUGCGCCGUAUGGCAACAGAUCAGGUAGACGGCAACCCAAAGGAACGACUCAGCAUCGUGACGGUACAGGUGCUCAACAUGACCCGACCAGCCACACUCGGUCAGGAGCUCAAGGGCCAUGAAGGGCAUCGUUCCCGUGCGCUCGUUGUUGCGGCGCCGGUCGGGCUUAUCAUCAGCCAACCUGCAGAGGUCGUAGUCAUUGAGAACACCUUUGUAGGAGCCAAUGCUGAAUCGGAAGAAGAUGCACCUGUCACUGGUCCCUCUACCUCUGCUCAGUGUCUCCUCGUGUCUGGCCUGGCCCCGUUAGAACCAGGAGGAGAUACGCGUGCACCUACCAUGAACGGAUCCAUACUGGCGAGCGCCCAUAUAUCUGCGAGAUCCACCUCCAAGUGCACGAGCGCACCCAUGUUCCGAAUUCCGACUUUCAUUCGCGAGAUGAACGGAUGCGCGACACUCUUCUAG